AUGAGCACAUGCUUGCGUAAACCAUUGUGUAAGCGCUUCGUUAACGUCCUUGUGCACGGAUUGGCGCUUUCGUUUGCGAUUAGUGUUUCCGUUCAUUUGCAUGCAAGAUCUGAGAUCAUCAUAUUGAAACUUGUUCAUUAUCUAUCUAUCUAUCUAUCUAUCUAUUACAAUCUGAACAUAUACCUUUAUCAUGUCAGUCAGAACAUAAUGAAAUCUAUCUAUCUAUCUAUCUAUCUAUCUAUCUAUCUAUCUAUCUAUCUAUCUAUCUAUCUAUCUAAGGCCUGUUCAAGUCUGCCUGUUUAUCUAUCUAUCUAUCUAUCUAUCUAUCUAUCUAUCUAUCUAUCGUCUGUUCAUUAUCUAUCUAUCUAUCUAUCUAUCUAUCGUCUGUUCAUUAUCUAUCUAUCUAUUUAUCUAUCUAUUCAGAACAUAAUGAAAUGUGUUUAUCUAUCUAUCUAUCUAUCUAUCUAUCUAUCUAUCUAUCUAUCUAUCUAUUACAAUCUGAACAUAUACCUUUAUCAUGUCAGUCAGAACAUAAUGAAAUCUAUCUAUCUAUCUAUCUAUCUAUCUAUCUAUCUAUCUAUCUAUCUAUCUAUCUAUCUAUCUAAGGCCUGUUCAAGUCUGCCUGUUUAUCUAUCUAUCUAUCUAUCUAUCUAUCUAUCUAUCUAUCUAUCUAUCUAUCUAUCUAUCGUCUGUUCAUUAUCUAUCUAUCUAUUUAUCGUCUGUUCAUUAUCUAUCUAUCUAUCUAUCUAUCUAUCUAUCUAUCUAUCUAUCUAUAACAUAAUGAAAUGUGUUUAUCUAUCUAUCUAUCUAUCUAUCUAUCUAUCUAUCUAUCUAUCUAUCUAUCUAUCUAUCUAUUAUUACAACUACAAUAACCGUAAGUUCUUUCUUUCUUUCUUUCUUUCUUUCUUUCUAUCUUUCUUUCUAUCUAUCUAUCUAUCUAUCUAUCUAUCUAUCUAUCUUUCUUUCUUUCUUUCUUUCUUUCUUUCUUUCUUUCUCAUUAGACUCAGUUUUUCGUGUCCAAUAGCUUCGCAUUUUUAUUUGUUUUCUUUCUUUCUUUCUUUCUUUCUUUCUUUCUUUCUUUCUCUCUUUUAUAAGUUGUCCUUCCUUUUCAACAUAUUUUCUUUUUACUUUUCCUCACUCAUCUUUCUUUCUUUUUCUAAUUCUCCUCCCUUUCUUCUUUCUUUCUUUCUCUCUUUCUUUCUUUCUUUCUUUCUUUCUUUCUUUCUUUCUUUCUUUCUUAUUAGACUCAGUUUUUCAUGCCCAAUAGCUUCUCAUUUUUAUUUGUUCUUUCUUUCUUUCUUUCUUUCUUUCUUUCUUUCUUUCUUUCUUUCUUUCUUUCUUUCUUUCUUUUAUAAGUUGUCCUUCCUUUUCAACAUAUUUUCUUUUUACUUUUCCUCACUCAUCUUUCUUUCUUUUUCUAAUUCCCCUCCCUUUAGUUCGUCUUCUUUCUUUCUUUCUUUCUUUCUUUCUUUCUUUCUUUUACUGUAUAUUCUUUCUUUGUCUUUAUUCGGCUCUUUACUCGGUCUUUUUCUAAUCUAUUUUUUUCGUUUUUCUUUCUUUUUGACAUUUCAUUUUCAUUAG